GGUUCCUUGGUUACACGGAGCAGAAUCCAUCAGGACGCGAGUCAUGGGUGCACUGAAGAUUGCAGCUGUCAGCGCGGUAACUUUGGGCGUUCUUGUACAAUCGAUGAGCUCAGAUUACGAGUGCGGACCCUAUUGUCCACCAGAGAACCAGACCAUGAACAUCUGUGUGACGACGUGCCCCCUCAAGGAAGGAGAAAUUUUCGAUCGUUUUAAUGCCAAAAUGGGAAGAUUCAGAGAUGGAACGCCGUGCUGGGUUGAGGGAGAGGGACCUGGACUUGAAGGUGUCUGCUGUGACGGGGAGUGUAAUCAGAACAAAACGGCUUGCAAAAGCAAGAUGGCAAAAUGCAGGUUGCUAGACGCAGUAAAGAAGACAGAAUCCGAAGAGGCCGCAAAACGACGAAAACGAAAGGUUCAUUCCCGGUAACCAACUGUACAAACUUCCUAGUUUGUGCAACGUCUCCGAUAAACAUCCUAAAAUAAACAUU